CUCUCUCUCUCUCCUCUCUCAAUUACGACAAAAAGGGUUCUUCUCUUCCAAGCCGGCCUCGCUGUUCAUUCAACUUCUUUGAGAAUCUCCGUUUUUGAGAUUAACAGUCAACAAUGGUUGAGCGUGGGAAGAGGUCUCAUAACCGUUUUAGAGAUAGUAACAAUGAAAACUACAGGAAUCAAAAGAGACGACUCUCUUAUGAAUCCGAAGAAAAGAUCGAUAACAAAGACGAUCUCAUUGUUGUUUACAGAAUCUUAUGUCCAAGUGGAGUCAUUGGUAGUGUUAUAGGCAAAAGUGGCAAAGUUAUUAACUUGAUUAGGCAAGAAACUAGAGCUAGGAUCAAAGUUGUUGAUCCUUUCCCAGGUUGUAGCGAAAGAGUCAUAACGAUUUUUUGCUCGGUUAUGGAGAAGAAAGACAUUGUCGACAUUGAGAAUAGCGAAUUGAAUUACGCCAUUCCUUUGUGUUCUGCUCAAGAUGCUCUUCUUAAAGUCCAUGAUGCUAUUGUGGCUUCUUUGGCCACUGCUGCUGAGAACACUAAGAUAGAUAGAGAUGAUAUCAGAGAAUGUCGCAUUUUAGUUCCAUCUAGUCAAUGUUCUAGUGUGAUUGGUAAAGCUGGUUCGAUUAUCAAGAAGAUUAGAAGUAGAACUAGGGCUAACGUUAGGAUUGUCUCUAAAGAUGUUUCGGAUCCUUCACACACUUGUGCAAUGGAUUUUGACAAUAUUGUUUUGAUAUCCGGUGAGUCUGAAUCCGUGAAAAAGGCACUUUUCGCUGUUUCUGCAAUCAUGUACAAAUUCAGUCCUCGAGAACAGAUUCCUCUGGAUACAACUGUCCAAGAAGUUCCCGCUAGUAUUAUAAUUCCGUCAGAUCUGUCUGUCUAUCCACGAGCCGGUUUAUAUCCAAAUCAGGAUCCUAUUUUCCAACAUGGAGCCAAUGUUUCAUCUUUUAUCGGUACACUACCUCAGGGUUAUGGAGACAAUGCUGCAAAUCCAAUGCCGGUUUUUUCUACUUCUGCUCUUCCUGUGGUUCAUGGGUUUGGCGGGUCUUCCAGAUCUGAAAAUUUGGUUGUAAAAGUUAUGUGCUCGUCUUCCAAGAUCGGCCGUGUUAUCGGGAAAGGAGGAUCAACCAUCAAGGGGAUAAGACAAGCAAGCGGGUCUCAUAUUGAGGUUAAUGACUCAAGGACAAAUCAUGAAGAUGACUGUGUUAUCACUGUCACUGCUACAGAGUCUCCUGAUGAUUUGAAGUCUAUGGCUGUUGAAGCUGUUCUUCUACUUCAAGAGAAAAUUAACGAUGAAGACGAGGACAAAGUUAAAAUGCAACUCCUUGUAUCUUCUAAGGUAAUAGGAUGCAUUAUAGGGAAAAGUGGCUCAAUCAUAAGCGAAAUCAGGAAAAGGACAAAGGCUGAUAUUCACAUUUCAAAAGGGAAUAAUCAGCCUAAGUGUGCUGAUCCCAAUGAUGAGCUCGUUGAGAUAUCAGGUGAUGUAAGCUGUGUGAGAGAUGCUCUUAUUCAGAUAGUUCUGAGGCUUCGAGAUGAUGUUUUAAGAGAUAGGGAGAUUGGUUCCAGGAAUCAGCCGCCUGCGAGAUCUGAAAAUAAUAAUUUCUACUCUUCGGGUAGUAGUAAAACUAGUCUAGCACUUCCUCCAUCUUUCAUGUCUUCUGUUCCGCAAGUUGCUCCCAUAGAUUUUGAUAGAAGACCAGAAACCGGGAGCAGCAUGAGUAUGCUUCCUUCGAGUGGUGGACUCUAUGGUUAUGGAAGUUUUCCGGUGGGCAAUAACAGUUACGGAUCCAACUCUUCUUACUCAUCCAAUCUAUAUGGAGGAUUGCCUCAAUCUACUACUAUGGAGGUUCGAAUCCCUGCAAAUGCACUGAGUAAAGUUAUGGGCAGAGGAGGAGGCAACUUGGAUAACAUAAGAAGGAUAUCAGGAGCUAUGAUAGAUAUUUCUGAUUCCAAAAAUUCCCAUGGUGGUCGAAUUGCUCUCAUUAACGGAACACCUGAACAGAAGCGUACCGCAGAGAACUUGUUCCAAGCUUUUAUCAUGUCCACCUGAAUAGUUUGCUCCGCCCCAAAAUCUUUUCCAUGGAAGUGUGUUCCAUCUCUCUAGCUCUCAGUGGAUUUUCUCCUUCUUCCAUCAAGUUCAUGUUUAAAUAUGGUGACAUCAGUAUCUUUGUCUCCAUUAGGUAACUUUUGGUUUCUCGUGCUAGACAUCUUACAGUCUUUCAGGACCAUUCUUUCUCCCUUUCCUCUGAGCUGUUCGUACAAUAAAUGCUUAUCUCUGUGCAAUAAAACAAUCGUUCUUAUAUCAAUCAAACUUUGCUCAUUCUCCAUAUAUGAAUCAGGUCUGCUUUGUGCCUAGUCCAAAGCAUUCCUUUCAGUUGUGUGGUAGGUUACCGGCUCUGCAUAUCCCACAUCUCAGCUUCUUAUCAGAUAUGUGACACCCAAAUGAUACUCAUCACAUCAUACUUGGUGUUUCUGUAGAAAUUUCUGCAGUGAAUAGCCAUAUCUUAUUAGAGCCUAGUGAUCUUCAAGAACAGUGACCUUUAGAUCUCUUCUCGUUAAUGACCAUAAUUUUUUCUGCUUCUUAGAUGUUUUACCUGGUUAGUGCUUGCGAUCUAAUUAUUGGAAAUUCCGUGGGUUUAUCAGUAGAGAAACUUCUCAUUCUUGCUGAUCAUUUCAUUCUCUGCUACGAUUUUACAGUCUUUAGGUAAAACUUGACCGAUUUGAUCUUUGUUAUAUUUACCUCUGUUACCAUUUCCAAUUUAUUCUUUCCCAAGAUAAUCUCCCUGGAACUCUGAUCAUCUAUGUGUUCAUUUCAAAUAUCAUUUUUAACUUAAACUUGAUCUUAUGGUGCUUGUAGCAAUACUAGGUUGUCAGUACAUGAUUUAGCACUAGAACCUGCAAUACUAAAAGUUUUUUUGAAUGUGAUGUGCUAAAAGUUUUUUUUGAAUGUGAUGUGUUUUUAAUUUAGCCUAUACGGGUCUUGUCACUCUGCCAUUCCCACAUUCUAGGUUGUCACUCAGGAUCUUAGCAUUUAAACCCGCAUCACCAAAAGAUUUUCUGAUUCUGUUAGCGCUUGUGCUCUGAUCACUAUGGUUUGGCAUAUUUUUGAUAAACCUGGGGUUCCACAGCAUACUAGGUUUUCAGAAACCCGCAACACUUAAAGCUUUUCUGACUGUGCUAGCGAUUGCACAGUCUGCUUAUUUUGGGUUGACAUUGAUCUGGCAAACCUGUGUUCCCACAUCAUACUAGGUUGUUAAAAUCCUGCAACACUAAAAGCUUUUCUGUUUCUGCUAGCACUUGCAGUCUGAUUACUUCAGGCUGGCAUUUAUCAGAUAAGUGUGGGGUUCCACGACAUACUAGAUUGUCAGAUACCCGCCACAGUUUAGUUUUGAUUUUGCGGUUUGAUCAUUUUUUUCGGAUAAGCCGGACAUCCCAACACAUCCUGCAAGUUUAUUCACCCUUUGUUUGCUGAAUACAAACAGGUUUUUACACAGUUCUUUUUUUCACAAAAUCGGGGUUUCCCGAAUGUGAUAUUUAUAGUUUAGUACAUGGCAAUUGUGUAGUCUUGUUCAUCAUUUGAUUAAAAGUGAUAAGAGGAUAAGGUUCUUACUUCUUAGACAAAGAUAAAUUUUGAUUCA